UCGCCUCGCGGGGCAGGGCGGGGCGGGAGCGCGGGGCAGCCGGGGCGCGGCGCGGGCAGCUCUGAGGGGACGGCGGCGGCGGCGGCCAUGGCCGACCACGAAGCGGGGAUGGCGCCUAAAGCCCGCCGGGCGCAAGAUGACUCUGAUACUGGCCUUGGUUUGUGUGGAUGGAUCCUGGUGAUCGCUUCACUUUUUUUCACCGUUAUUACAUUUCCUGUAUCAAUCUGGAUGUGCAUAAAGAUUAUAAAGGAAUACGAGCGAGCCAUCAUAUUCAGACUUGGACGCAUCUUAAAAGGAGGAGCAAAGGGACCAGGUUUGUUUUUUGUCCUGCCCUGCACAGACAGCUUCAUCAAAGUUGAUAUGAGGACCAUCUCUUUUGAUAUUCCUCCCCAAGAGAUCUUGACCAAGGACUCUGUGACAGUUAAUGUAGACGGAGUGGUUUAUUACAGAGUUCAGAAUGCCACCCUUGCUGUAGCAAAUAUCACAAAUGCUGACUCAGCCACCCGUCUUUUAGCACAGACUACUUUGAGGAAUGUUCUGGGGACCAAAAACCUUUCUCAGAUUCUCUCUGAUCGUGAAGAAAUUGCACACAGCAUGCAGGCUACGCUUGAUGAGGCAACAGAUGAUUGGGGCAUUAAGGUGGAACGUGUGGAGAUCAAGGAUGUGAAAUUACCUGUCCAGCUGCAAAGAGCAAUGGCUGCAGAAGCAGAAGCUGCCCGGGAGGCGAGAGCUAAGGUAAUUGCAGCUGAGGGUGAAAUGAACGCUUCCAGGGCCCUGAAAGAGGCAUCCAUGGUUAUUACAGAGUCCCCUGCUGCUCUUCAGCUUCGUUAUUUGCAGACCUUGACCACCAUUGCUGCGGAAAAGAACUCCACCAUCGUCUUCCCGUUGCCCAUAAAUAUGCUGCAGGGCAUCAUAGGUGCAAAUCGCUAGGUAGAGUGGGGGGAGAGAGUUCGGAGUGGGGUUUUUUUUGCUACAGCAAAUGUUUGCAAUACUGAAUUCCCUGUGUAUUAUAGCUUAUGGCAGUGUUAACAAAGUGGAUUUGCUGAGGAACCUCUUUUGUUAUACUAAGUGUGUUAUAAAACUUUAUACAUAAAUGUUUGUGAAUAUGGACAGUCAAAACAUUUGAAAUUGAAAACCUCUCAAAAUGAGUACAAGCGGAUUGUGAUCUUAAAGAAGCAUGUAUUCAUACUAUCCUGGGUGGGACACCUUUAAUCUGUAACCUCCUGUUUUCAAAUAGUACAUAAAACCAUUUGUGGUGAAGGUGAGAUGAUCCAACGUUUGAAAAGAGAAGCAUUCCUUUUAAUAAAUGGGUCUGUAGCCCUGCAAGGGAAGUGGCACAGCCCUAACUGUGUUCUCUUGGAGUGUAGCUUUAUGUGAUGAAGUCAUCGGAUUGCUGUCAUGUGGAUUGGAAAAGUAACAGAAAUUGAUAACAGGAGUGAGAAUACUAUACUGGGUAACGUCUGAGAAUCAGGCUCAUGCUCUCUAAAACAGUCCCCCAUUCAUGAGAAACAGUUGUUAGUGGAACUUUCCAUCUCUGUUCUGCCACACAGAAACGGCACAAACAUGCCGUAGUUAUGGAUACAAUAUGCUUGCAGUCACUGAUGGGCUGUUCAGUUGUUAGGGUGGUGUGCCUGUAUAGAUUUAUGCUUCUUCAAAGCACUGAAAAGUUGUUGGGUCUGCCUUUAUCUGUCUCUCUUAAAAAUGAUUUUUAAAAGCCAAAGUACUGACUCCUGCAUUUUAUCCAGGUCUAAAACCUGCUUCUCUAGGAAGUAAGACCUCUGUAAUUGGCGGGAGGUGGUGAUGUUUAACAGAAGAUGCUGUACUGUUUGUGUAUCUGUUCUACCAAGUCAGUGAUUUACCUGUUGAUGCUGCUUCUGAGCAGACCUGUUGUAUUUGUUGUGACACAAAGGGCUUAUACUUAAUACCAAAAGCGUAUAAUCUUCAGUUCGUGUAGUCUUGAGCCGUAAGCCUGUUAAACUGUGUUCAUAUUUUGUACCUGUUUAGUAGAUGUAAUUACAGAUUAAAAUGAGAAUAAUUAGAGUCUGGGGGUGGGGAGAGGCUCUUCAGGCUACCACCAUUGCCGACUUUGGCAUCUGGUCUUCAGUUACUGGGAGGUGGCAAUGAAAACGAAAAGCCAAGAUCAAUGAUGUAAGUGCCCUUCUUACAGUGGCCAGCAUAAAGUUCCUAACAUGUUUUUUAGUCACUUUUCUGGUACUAUCAGUUCUGUAUUCACAGGUAUUUUAGUAAGGGCAAGGUCUGUCUACCUGUGCCUUGAUACACUGUGCCUUUGUCACUGUAGGAGAAGAUGCCCAAGUGCUCUUAGGGCUUGAGCUAAUCGGCACUGUUUCCUUUCUGCCUGUUUGCUGUGAAUGUUUUUUCGUCCUCUGCAUCAUAAAAGCAAUAUACCCAUC